UCGAACUAAUUAAUAAAUCACUGAACCAUGGCUAAAACACAAACUCCUUUUCUUGCUCUCAUGAUUUUCUUCUUUUUUGUGUCGUUACUCAUCACUGUGAAGUCAGGGUCAGUUUCAUUCAGCUUCUCCAAAUUCGGAGCGGGACAAGAAUCCGAAAUUGGUUACCUUGGCGAUGCGCGUCCAUUAGGUGGUGCAAUACAAUUGACAAGAAGAGAUAAUGGAAUAUUUGGCAUUCCCAUUCUUCGCCAAAACAGCGUUGGUCGUGCACUUUACAUUCCACCCAUUCGCCUUUGGGACAAAACCACAGGCAAACUCGCUGACUUCGAAACUCAGUUCUCCUUUGUGGUUGAUACCCUUGCUUCACGAAUCCACGCUGAUGGCUUCUCCUUUUUCAUCUUACCAUUCGAAGACCCAAGAAUUCCCAAAAACUCAUCUGGGGGAUACCUUGGACUCUUCAGUCCCGAAACUGCUUUCAACUCAAACAAAAACCAAAUUGUGGCUGUUGAAUUUGACAGCUUCGGGAACGAGUGGGAUCCCAAACCUGUAGCCGUUGCUCCUCACAUUGGAAUUGAUGUUAACUCUCUUGAAUCCGUGAAAACUACGGAUUGGCCUAUUAAUUCUGUGCCUCGAGGUUUAGUUGGAAAUGCUUUCAUUAGUUAUGAUUCCAAGACUAAAAAAUUGAGUGUCGCGGUUGGUUAUGUUACUCCAGCACCCGUUAUUGUUGAUCUCUCACAAACCAUUGAUUUGAGGGAUGUUCUGCCAGAAUGGGUUAGAAUUGGUUUCUCUGCUGCCACGGGUGAUAACGUUGAAACGCAUGACAUUCUUUCGUGGUCUUUCACUUCACGUGUUUAGGUGUUUCUGUAAUAAGAAGAAUAAUACUAUAAUAGAGUGAUGUAAGGGUCUUCAGAUGUCGUGUCCACAAGUUUGCAACCUGAGUACGUGUUUUAUGGUUUUGUACUGGUGUUUGUGUGUUUC